AUGGCCGACGACGCGUGGGGUCUGGGCACGACCAUCUAUUGGCUGCUAACCGGGCGGGAAGACUACGUGCCGGGAGCCCAAGUGCAGAGCACGUGGGGUGGAGACGAGGUCGACAUCGACUACGAGAGUCCUGCUCCGGCCCAUGGAAACCGCGAACAAUCCCAAACAAGAGAGGACGGCGCACCGACUUGUGCCGGGACGGUAUGCUCCGCCUUGCCGGACCUCCUCUCGCUGGACCCCGGGAGGCGAGAGACCGCGCUCGCUAUGGCAGCAAGGCACGCACAACUCGUCCACACCAGAACCUUUGGGUCGCCGUCGUCGUCCCCCGGGGGCAACCCUCCCUUCCUUACCGCCGCGAGCUCACCCAACAAGGGUACGGGGUCAUCCCCCCCGCGCCUGCGCAAGGGGCGACGGGCAGCCUCGUCGUCGGCAUCCGAAGCCAUCGCGUUCCCAUGCUCGCUGCCGUGGACCCCCGCGGCGUUGAAACGGAACGACGGCCGCGAGGAAGAGCCUGCGACGGCGACGGCCGAAGAAGCAGAGGCUACGGCAGUAGUAGGGGGGUCCGAAACGAGCCAAGGAGGACAUGGUCCCGAGCCAGCAGGCGGUGUCGAGGGCGGCAUGGCUGGGGCGGGGGACGGCAAGGAGGCUGCGGUGAUGGCAACGGCAUCCAACGGCGCCACGGAGGAGGAGGAGGACGGGGUCGAGCAUAGCCCCUCAAAUAAGAGCGUCGGCGUCGGGGAAAGAAGCCCGACAGGCAAAAGGACGCCGAGCACUCAAGAGCCCAAGAUCGGCGACGAGACAAAGAGCGUCGCGGUCGGGACUAGCCCUACCACGAGCCCUAGAGCCACCUCCAAUAUGGUAGGCACUAGCACCAGCAGCCCGCGGGCAAGGAGCCCGAAGAGCAAGGGGACCCAACUCGGAAGCCAAGAUCCCACCGGGAGUGGUCCUGGCAUCAUCGGACAGAGGGACCCCGAUCCAGCUGGGCACUCUAGUCCUCCCAGGGAGGCUCGAGACGGAAGAAGCAGAGGCUCCAACAACGACACGGAGGUAGUACCAGGUGGUGGAGGCAUUUUCGAAGACGGACUAGAAGGGUCAGCUGGUCACCCCGCCAAGGACGAGUUGGAGGAAACUCUUUCGGUGUUCCCCUUGGGGGAGGCCGGUCGCGUGGAAGGCGGGGGCGGGAACCAUAGUCUUGGGGGAACGCAAGUCGACUUUCCCGCCGGAAUGAGCAGCGGUGACGAGGCAGGAGGCAAGGGGACGGGGAACGGCCGGGAGAGCGCGUCCUUUCGCCGUUCGGAGGAUGCCGGAAGUUUUGCUAAAGACGGCAAUGUUGUUGCACCACGCCGCCACCGUGUUGCUGGUGGCAGCGGCGGCGAUGCAGGUCCCCCUGACGGCAGCGGUGACCUUCGGUCCAGAAACAACAAGAACAAGAAGAAGAAUCGAGUCGCUCCCAUCGACUUGGUCAACACGAAAACUCGCCCACCAGCGGAGGAAGCGAGCAUCGUUGCGGGACGCGAGGGGGCUUCGACAGCGACAGCCUGCAGUAAUGGUGAUGGUGGCGGAAUAAACUUCGCCAAGAACGUCCGUCGGAGUAGUAGCGGUAGCACCCUCUUGGGCUCGACGAACGCGGCUGCCCAGAAGAAACGGCACUCGGCUGACGCUGGGGUGCAGUGCUCGCGGCCGGCCGAGUCAAGCGAUCAGUUGGUGGGGCAGGUAGCCCGAGGGGGUUGUGGAUGUACAGUAAUGUGA